CAUAGGGGGUAGAUUGUCAAAGCUUAAAAAAAAAUAAACAAUAUUAUUUUUACUUUUUAGACAAUAUUAUUAUAAAAAUGUCAAAAUUAGUAUCAUAAUUAUUUAAAAUAAAUAUUAAAACUAUUAUUACCUUUUUUGUUGUUCUGAAUUAGAGAUGUUUUCAACUAUUUUGUUUUGAAACAAAAUAAAGUGUCCUCGCCCAUUUUCUCUGUCAAACUACGCCUUUUUCAACCAUAUAAAAAAAUUAAAAGUUAUUUUUUAUGGUUUUUAUCAAAUAAUGUGUUCCAAAAUUCCCAUUAAUUGUGAGGAUUUUGCUGAAUCAAUUAUUACAUCGAAAAAAGAUAAAAAAAGCGAAGUUAUCGUUGAUAGCAGUGCCAAGCGUAAUGUUGCCAAAAAAUCAAGAGAUAUACCUAGCUUAAGAUCUAAUGAUUCAGGAAUUAUAUGUGGAUCAGAGUCAGACCAAUCUUCAAAUCGUAUAUCACACUCCCAUGAAUCACUAGAUUCUGGUGAAAUGGAUCAUGAUGAAGAAUGUAUAGAAAUCCUGGAAACCAUAUCCAUGGAUGAAGAAUAUAAAAUGCUUCAAUCUGAUUUAUGUUUCUAUCAACAAACUUCACAUAAUCAAGAUUUUGGAACAUUAAAGUCAAAUAAAAAAUCUGUGGCAACAAUUGCUAAGGAAGACGAAGAUGAGUUUGUUGACCAAAAUACUGAAAAUACAAAUAAAACAACAUGUGAUGGUAUUGCAAAUGUUGCUGAAUCCCAACAGCAAAUUUCAGAUUUAAAGACGGAUACAGUAAAAAAUAUUACUGCUGCAAUUGUUUCAGAAUCAACCAAACCAGAAAACAUUAAAAAUGAAGUGUUGUUUAAAAACUUUAAUUUUUUUGGAGCAACAAAAAAUGCAAUUUUCCGUACGGCUCAGAGCAUUAUUGAAAACCACGAGAAAAAAAUUGCUGCUAAAAAAACUGAAGUUGGCAAUUCUUCUUUAGCUGGGGAGCCUUCAGAAGUUAAAUCUCCCAUGGAGAUAACGAGAAAGAAAGAAUUUUUUAUAUUAAAAUCAAAUACAAAAAAAUCAGUAGCUCCUCCAUCGAGUUUAAGUAGUAUUGCCGCACCAACUUUAGACCAACAGUUAAUAUCACCAUCUUUCCAUAUUCCUGCAAUGUAUUCAGCCAAUUCCACAUUUGAAACCUGCAAUGAAAAACUUAGUUUACAGGAUGAACAAAAAUCAAUAACAAAAUCUAUUUCUUCUAAUUCUUUAAAUAAACUCAAAGUACCAGGGGUUGUGAAAUGUUUCAUAAAAGAAAAUGAUGAAGCAAAAGAUGCGGCGACUGUCUCCAAGACUGAAAAGGGUCCAAGUGGAUUGUUAAGAUUUUUAGAAUCACCCAUAUUUAAUAUACAUUUUGCUGUCCAUUAUCUUUUUUAUUCAAAAGAACCAGGAGUACUAAGUUUUAUCGGUAACAAAAUUUUUAGUUUUCCCGAUAAAGAUGUAGAUUUAUACAUUCCUCAAUUAAUUGUAAUGUAUAUACAAAUGGAUGAAUUGGCUGAAGUUUUAGAUCCAUAUUUGACAAAACGUUGUCGCUCGUCCGUAGACUUUUCUUUAAAAUGUCUUUGGCUGUUAGAAGCUUAUAAUUAUCAAGUCGACACCGUCAAUUUGUUACCAAAAGAUAAAAGAACGCAUUUACAAUUAAUACGUGAACUUUAUUCGAAAAAAGAACGGAAACAAAUUAAAAUGGUAAAUGCAGAAUUAAUAUCUCCAAUUAAAAAAACUCAUCAUCGUUCUCAAUCUGAUGCAACGUAUUUAUUAAAUGAUUCAAGAAAAUCUCCUGCUGUCUGUUCGUUGAAUGUGUCCUCUAGAAUGCCAAUUUACCAUAUGCCGUUAGCUACGCCCAUGAAACUUUGUCUUGGUGAUUUAACGUCAGGUCGGGCUUUUGAUAAUGGCUGCACUUGUUUUGAGUCGGUUAAAGGAACGGUGAACGAUUUGUUGGGACACAAAAUAUUUUGUUGCUGUGGUGCACCGAAAACUGCUCCACAAAAGGAAUUUAUGAAAGCUCUAAUUAAUAUUGGAAAAAAUUUAACUUCGCUACAAACAAAAGCUGAAAAAAAUAGUGCUCUAAGAAUAUUUCUAAACUUAAUUAAUAAAAAUUUGCCUGCACGUGUAUGGCUUCCAUUGCACUCGGAUGACAUUCCACAUCACAUCGUUAGAAUAAGUGAGGAAAAGACUGUCGUUCUCAAUUCUAAAGAUAAAUGUCCUUAUAUAAUAUAUGUUGAAGUCGUUGAAGUAAAUGAUAUAUACUCAUCCCCUGUUAUAAUGAAAUUAAUGCCUACAUUGAGGCAUACAAAAAGUGAAGAAAAUUUAGAGUCUAAAGACAGUGCAUGUUCACAUGAUCAGCAGUCGAUAAGAAAUAUUAAUGAAACAACGAAAAAUUCAGCUGGAAACAGUCUAAUAUCAAAAUUUAACUCAGAGAGUUGUGAAAACUGUCAAAUUCAACAUUUUAAUCAAUUGACUUUAACAGAAGACGAUGUAUGGUCUCAAGAAGACGAUGAUAUUACCGCCCAAUACAAUAUUUUUAAGCGCAAAAUAAAUGAAAGAGAUUCAAUAUCACAAAAGUCUUUAGAUUCAGAUAUAGGUAUGCCUACUCUGUUUAAUAUUGGUGAUGUCCGGACACGACAUUGCAAAAAUCUUAGUUGCGAAAAUACGAAACCAUUUAGCAAUGAUCCAGAAGACCCUUCCGCCGCAGCUUUGAAAGAACCCUGGCAUGAAAAAGAACAACAAAUAAGAGAAUCUUCGCCUUAUGGACAUUUAACGAAUUGGAAAUUAUUAGCUGCAAUAGUCAAAUGUGGGGACGAUUUGCGACAAGAACUAAUGGCUACACAAUUACUCGAAAUGUUUAAACUAAUUUGGGAUGAAGAGAAAGUUGACGCUUGGGUCAGGCCAUAUAAAAUUGUUUGUCUUUCAGAUGAUAGUGGAUUAAUUGAACCUAUUUUAAACACAGUUUCCUUGCAUCAAAUAAAAAAGAACUCAAAUAAAAGUUUAAGAGAUUAUUUUAUUCAAGAGUAUGGAGAUGUCGAAGGAAUACAAUUUAAAGCUGCGCAAAAAAAUUUUGUUCAAAGUUGUGCAGGAUAUUGUUUAAUAUCAUACUUGCUUCAAGUGAAAGACAGGCAUAAUGGUAAUAUUCUUCUCCAUUCUGACGGUCAUUUAAUACAUAUUGAUUUUGGCUUUAUUUUGAGUAUUUCACCAAAGAAUUUAGGUUUUGAACAGUCCCCAUUUAAAUUAACUGACGAAUUUGUUGAAGUAAUGGGUGGAAUGGUAUCUGAUCGCUGGGAUGAAUUCAAUUACUUAUUAUUAAAAGGAUUAAUGGCCGCCAGAAAGCACAUGGAUAGGAUAAUUAAUUUAGUUGAAAUUAUGCGAAGCAAUGCUCAGUUACCGUGCUUUAAAAAUGGUUGUUCUGGAACAGUGCAAAAUUUAAGAAAACGUUUUCAUAUGAAUUUAACCGAACAAGAGUUAGAACGGAAGGUUGAACAACUUGUGCAGGACUCAUUAAAAAGUCUUUCAACAAAACUUUAUGAUGGUUAUCAAUAUUUUACAAAUGGGAUUUUGUGAAAAAUGUUCUCCUAUAUCAAUCAUAAGAAUUUUGAAACUUUAAAAAGCUUUUUAAUGUAAAAUAAUAUAAUUAAAUCAUAAACAUAAAUUUUAUAUAUUAUAUAUAAAGCAAAAAAAAAAAAAUAAAUAGAUAUGAUUCAAAUAUUUUUAACUAAAUAAUUUAAAGUUAUUAUUUACAAGACUUAAGGCAAAAUAUAUAUGUUAGAUUUAAUUAAUACCCUUUACUUUUA